AUGCCACAUCACGAGUCGCAAUGGAAACACACCCGCUAUGAUGCGAGCAUGUGGAGUUAUCAAAGUAUUUUUCCAAAAUUGCUUAGCACAUAUCAUCUUAAAGAUAAACUCGGUGUUACAUACGAAGAAUUUAAAGCAAAUAACUUAAUUUUACACUUCAGUGCCUUCAUACAUUUGAACGUGAUCCUAGGAAGUUUAUCAUUGGUGAACGGAGAUCUAUUUUCCAAAGCGACGAGAAGUAAAGCCGAUGAGAAGAAUGUUCAGAAUAGUGUGUUUGAUUUCAUAAUUGUCGGCGGAGGAACUGCUGGAUGUGUACUUGCGAACAGACUAUCUGCUGUUCCUGAAUGGAAGGUUUUACUUAUCGAGGCUGGUGAAGAAGAAAAUAUAGAUUAUAACAUACCAGGUGUACCAACAGAAGAGUUCCGUCCUAUUCUAUGGAAUUUUAGAACUGAGAGAAAUGGCUUCUCUUGUCUCUCAAGACCUGGUGGUAGCUGUGAAGUCAAAACUGGUAAAGUGUUAGGAGGAUCAAGCGUUACCAAUGAUAUGAAGUAUACCCGAGGGUCUAAGAAAGAUUAUGAUGCAUGGCACGAUAAUCUUGCCCCUGACUCUGUAGGAUGGAAAUUUGAGAACUUGAUAGAACACUUUAAGGCUUCCGAAGACAAUGGUGACUACGAUGUUCUAAUGAACUCUUUCUAUCAUUCUCGCGGCGGAGAAAUGCAUGUGCAAAGAUUCAAACACGUCGAUCGAUAUAUGGAACUAUUUCUAGGUGCAUUUGCAGAGUUGGGCUUUCGUUCGAUUGACAUCAAUACAAAUGUCCCAGAAGCCGCUAUAAAUAAUCAAUUUGUUAUGUUUAAUAACACAAGAUUAAGUACAAAUAGUGCGUUCCUUAAACCAGUAAGGCAUAGAAAAAACCUGACUGUAAAAACGGGUGCGACGGUUACAAAACUUAUCACCGAUGAACAGGAAAAAACUAUUGAUGGCGUUAUAUAUGAAGUUGAAAAAGGCAAAGCGCAAGCUGCUUACGCUAAAAGAGAAACUAUUUUAACGGCAGGAGCCAUUAAUAAUGUAAGAUUACUUCAUCUAUCCGGCAUAGGACCUACAGCUGAAUUGGCGAAGCAUAAUAUCUCAGUUUACGUUGACCUUCCGGUCGGCGCUGAUUAUCAAGAUCAAGUAACAACAGGCGGCUUGGCUUUUACAUUAAGUGACGUAGCACCAUUUACUGAAAGUCAAAUCAUAGAUGAUUUUAAAACAUGGUUCCAAAACAGAGGAGGGCCCUUAGCCUCACGAGGAAUUAACCAAGUGUCAGCAUUUAUUCAACUUUUUGAAAAUAAAAAUGGACCUGACAUUGAGUUAGCAUUGGAAGGUAAUUACAUAAGAAGCGACAAAUUCAUGUUAACAAACGUCACCGUACACACAGCAGAAGAAUCUAGCUUACCGUUACCAUAUUACAAUUUAGUAAUUGUAAAUCCAGUUUUGUUAAAACCUAAGAGCAAAGGGAAAGUAACACUAAAUAAAAGAAAUCCAAAAUAUGGUCGGCCAGUUAUACAAGCGAAUCUUUUAAAGGAGUCGGAAGAUUUAGAUGCAAUAAUAGACAGUGUUGAUAUCGCUUUGCAAAUUCUUGAAAAUAAAGAAUUUAAACGUGCAGAGAUUAAAUUAGCUCCACUUGAUCUAUUUCCUUGCGAUAGAUUACAGAAUAGAGAUCAGUGGAAUUGUAUAGCAAGACAUUAUACCAAAGCGAUGGGAAAUCCAAUAGGCACGUGCCGAAUGGGUGGAAAUAAAACUACAUCUGUAGUUAACUAUGAUCUUAAAGUACACGGAGUUGAAAGGCUUCGAAUAGUAGACGCUUCUGUAAUGCCUACACAUGUUCGAGGUGGAAUAUUUGCACCAACAGUGAUGAUUGCAGAAAAAGCUACUAAGUUUAUAAUGAAAGACUGGAAAGAAAACAAAUCAAAUUUUUAUAACAAUCGAUGA